AUGGGCAUUCAGGGUCUGCUUCCUCUGCUCAAGUCAAUUCACAAGCCAUGCCACUUGAAGCAGCACUUCUCUGGUCAAACCCUGGCUGUUGACGCUUAUGGUUGGCUACACAGGGGCACCGUCGCCUGUGCAAUCGAGCUAGCCCAGGGCAAGCCCACCAGGAAAUGGCUCGACUUUGUUCUGCAUCGAGUUCGUAUGCUUCAACAUUUCAACAUCACUCCAUACCUUGUCUUUGAUGGCGACUAUCUGCCUAGCAAGGCCGGGACCGAAAAGGACCGCGCUCACCGUCGCAAAGAGAGCAAAGUAAAGGGCCUCGAGCUCCUGCGUCUGGGAAAGGCCUCAUUGGCUCAGGCCGAGUUGCAGAAGAGUAUCGAUGUGACUCCCGAGAUGGCCCGUCAACUCAUCGACGAGUUGAAAGGUCUUGACCUUCCAUAUGUCGUCGCUCCCUACGAAGCCGACUCACAGAUGGUCUAUCUGGAACGCUGCGGCCUGGUUCACGGCAUCAUCUCCGAGGACUCUGACCUUCUUGUGUUCGGCGCCCGUUGUCUGCUCACUAAGCUUGAUCAAUAUGGUGAGUGUAUCAUGAUCAAUCGAGAUGAUUUCACUGCCUGCCGCGACAUCAGUCUCGUCGGCUGGUCCGACGCUGACUUCAGACUUAUGGCAAUACUCAAUGGCUGUGAUUAUCUUCCUGGAAUCGAGAAGAUGGGUCUCAAGACUGCAUACCGUAUGAUUCGCAAGCACAAAACGCUCGAACGCAUCAUACGUUCUGUGCAGUUCGACGGGAAGAUCAAGGUGCCCCCUGGUUAUCUCGAUGCAUUCGCCGCUGCGGAAGCAACAUUUCUCUAUCAAUGGGUCUACUGUCCUCGAUCUCGUCGUCUGGUCAACUUUAGUGAACCUGCGUCUGAUGUGGACUUGGAGAGCUAUCCGUGCAUUGGCAAGUGUGUCGAGGCUGAUAUCGCAGCUGCCGUGGCUGUCGGUGAUCUCCACCCUCAUACCAAGCAGCCUCUGUGCCCACCCAAGAUUGUGCGCAAUCCCUUCCCAUCCAUCCACCGCAGCCGCACGCAAGCUCUACAGACACCCGACUUGAAAAAACACAAAUCCAUCGACAGUUUUUUCAAGCCUCAACGCACACCUCUGGCAGAGCUCGAUCCAAACAGCUUUACACCUUCGCCCAGUCAACAGCGCAUAUUGCAACGUAGUCCGGCAUCUUGGUCUGCUGCCCCAGCUCGUCGACCUCCUCUGUUUUCUGAGAUAGCUUCUGCUGUAGGCUCUCAGCAACCGCGGCGCGCCUCCUUCCACAACCCACGGGAUGAUUCCAACUCACCGAAGCGUCAACGAUUGUGCUCUAGUAAGGUUCACGCGUCUCCUUCGUCAAACCCAGCGGGGCGGGUUGAAUCUGGGACGAGCAAAUUCUUCAAACCCGGUGGAUCUCGCAAGAGUCCCCCGCCCGAUAAGACAGAUGGAUCCUCAAAGGACGAGUUCAAUCUCUGGUCCGACGACUCAGUCGAGCAAGCCAUGGGGUUGAUAGCGGACAAGACGGAAAGACGGAACUCAGCGGGACCACAAAGAAAGCUCUCUGUCCUUCAGGAUCCAGACACCUCUGAUGUGCCACAGGAGAGUUCUGGCACGACUUCCGGAACGCCAUUCACCGCGGGAUUGGCGGACGAGUUGCAGUCGUUGCGAGCCAGAUUUUCUCACCAGCAUACGACCUCAAGUAGUAAUGUAACGCAUCCCUCGACAACGCAGGACACAAAGCGUAAAAGGGGCGAGCAAGACGGUGUGGUACCGUGUUCUUCGCCAUUGGUGGACCGAAAGAUCCUCAAGCCCAGCCAACUCGGAGACACGGACGACGAUAUCAACGAAGCGGAUUGGUAUGCUGCCCAGUCUCUGCCGCUUAGUGGGACGACGUGUCACGGUACACAGUCUAGUGGUGCUAGCAAACCGUGCUUCUCUCAAGGCAGUGAGGACUUUCUGAUCCCGGAUAGCGAAGGAGAGGAAGCCGAUGAAGAGGAGCAAGGUGCCCAUCCUCGGUCUGGCUUUCCUCUUAGUCUCUCGAGAUUUGUCUUCACAGGCUGA